GAUAAGGUUUGGAUCCACGCUGCUCAGAUCAGAGUGUACACACACCAGAGUCACUCACACCGGUGUGGAACCCAGUCUGAGAAGUGAGUCCCGAUCCCAGUCCAACCAGUGCGCGCUCACCUCGGAGGCUUUCACUCACAGAGAGGACGUUCGGAAACCAGUCUCCUCCACCUGCUUCAAACCAAGGAGUUUUUUGAAGAAGACUUUCACAGCAGCACUGGUUCCUGGGGGUUUCUCUUCUAUGUAUACCAAGAUGGAAACUACUUUCUAUGACGACUCGCUCAUCGCUUUCUCCCAGCACGACGGCGCCGGCUUCGGAUGCAGCAACCCCAAGGCGCUGAAGCACAGCAUGACCCUGAACCUGCUGGACCCGACCGGCAGCCGGAAGCAGCAGCUCCGCGCCCGGGCCAGCGAGCUGCUCACCUCCCCGGACGUGGGCCUGCUGAAGCUGGGCUCUCCGGAGCUGGAGCGGCUCAUCAUCCAGUCCAGCAACGGGCUCAUCACCACCACCCCGACCCCGACCCAGUUCAUCUGCCCCAGGAACGUCACUGACGAGCAGGAGGGCUUCGCGGAGGGCUUCGUGCGAGCCCUGGCCGAGCUGCACCACCAGCACAUGCCGGCUCCGGGCAGUGGGAGCGUCCCCCCAGCCCCGCAGACCAGUGGCACCAGUGGCACCAGUCCGCUGCCAGUCUCCUCUGUGGCCGGUGCCCCCGCGUACAGCAGCAACGCCACCAUGCGCUCCGACCAUGGCUCCGACUCGCCGGUCUAUGAGGACUUGAACACUUUCCACCCCGCCAUCAGCACCGUCUCGGCCCCGGGCUACACCACCUCAGCCCCGGCCAUGUCCUUCCCCUCCGCCCCGCCCCAGCUCCCGAUCUACGGCCAGACCGGCUCUCUGCUCCGGCUCACGGCUCUCAAGGAGGAGCCCCAGACCGUGCCCGAGAUGCCCGGGGACACCCCCCCACUCUCCCCGAUCGACAUGGAGAACCAGGAGCGCAUCAAGGCCGAGAGGAAGAGGAUGAGGAACCGCGUCGCCGCCUCCAAGUGCCGCAAGAGGAAGCUGGAGCGGAUCUCGAGGCUGGAGGACAAAGUCAAGAACCUGAAGUCCCAGAACUCGGAGCUGGCGUCCACCGCCAACACGCUGCGGGAGCAGGUGGCCCAGCUGAAGCAGAAGGUGAUGAACCACGUCAACAGCGGCUGCCAGCUCAUGUUGACCCAGCAGCUCCAGACCUUCUGAGGGGCUGUCGGGGCGGUGGAGAGAGCAAAGACUGUAGUGGAACGGAUCGGACGCUUCCUGUGAUAGCGAGUGGCUGUGUCUCUCGGGAUGACCGGCACCGGUGGGAUCUGUGGGCCAACCUGAAAGUCCCCGAGCCGGGGGGCGCGUCCCAGAGAGGGGCUCGGGACAGUAACAGUGGCCAUGAACCAGAGGGGGGGCAUGGCAACAAGCGAGAUACCUUUCUGUUUCUGUUCCGUGCUGCUUUCACAGAACUGGACUGGACUGAAGUUUUCUUGAUUUACACCCAGCUCUGCAUGGACCUUCUCAUGAAUACCAUAGGACAGAUUCAGUCUUAGAGGAAAUAAGAACCUGCAAUAGAGACGUUUCUUGCUGCAGCCACAGUGGCCUCACACAUGGGCGUGUUGGCCAACUCUGUACGGCUGAAGAGUCGUGACUAAAGCUGCCUGACUUCUGAGUUACAGUACAAUGUACUUCGUUUUCUUUAUUGUAAGAAUUUAAAUUGGAAAAGCUUCAAGAUGUACUUGUUUUUUCUGAAAUUGUUUAAUGGGGUUUCACUCAUUGUUAUAUGUAUAUAAGAUCAACUUGGAGUACUUAUAUUUACCAUUUGUAAUAAGAAUACUGUAUAAUUUUUUAUGUUUUGUUUCCUGAGCACUUCAGAAACUAAUCAAUAUUUAAGAAAAUAAAGCAGAUGAAAUGAGACAAAACUG